UCACUCUAUGUAAACAAGUGGUCGUAGAGAUUUGCCAGAGAAGAAAGCUUAACCUCUGGUUAAUCUCAGCUAAUCAAUGCCAUCGUCCCCCUGUCCUUAUUCUCAUAAGCAUUUGAACCCACAUCCAGGUACAUACGGGCCUCUUUCCAUGGUUUAAACCACCUGCCCAGUGUCCAAGAACCAUUUUCAAGCCCCACUUGACCCUGUUCUCCCAGAAUCUGUAGUAGUAACGUUUAUCCUCUUCUAUGCCCUCUUCAUUCGCCUUGACGGGGCUGUGCACAUGUGCAUUCACAUAACAUUCACCCAGACUAAACUGAGCAGCUCACUCACACAUAUGCAGUCCACCAACACUUUAUUCAGCCACUCCACUGGACUUGAAGUUCGAGAUUAGUGGACAUUAGUGAGUCACGUGUUGAAAAAUCAGAAGGACGACGGUCAACAAAGUUGGGCGGUGCCUUCUCCACUUGUAGAGCGGUUUCCUGGGCUUUGGGUGUGAGAGUGAUAAUGGCGGGUGGGAAUCCAUCUCCCCGGAGUGAGACUCCUCUGGAUUUGGAUGCGGACCAUCCUGAGUCUAUGUGGCGACAGUGCGUGGAUUUUGCGGUCACUUUCUCACAGGUUCCCUCUUAUCAUCUGAUAUUAGAAGGAUUUCUGAUAUCCUGGGUGGUUUGGCUCCUGGUUCGCCGGGUUUCCAAUCGAAACAAACGUCUUCGAGCCGAGAAGCUGACCAAGGAAGAGGAGGAAGAGCUCUUGGCCGAAUGGACCCCGGAACCUCUGGUCCCCGAAGUUGACCCGAAUCACCCCGCCCUUCACGUCCCAGUCGUGGAUGGAAAGCCGGGAAAGCACAUCAAUAUCGAUGGCCGAGAUUGUUUGAAUUUGGCCACACAUAACUAUUUGGGCUUCGCGGGCAAUGAGAUCGUGGAGAAAUCGGCCAUAGAGUGUAUCCGAAAAUUUGGGGUGGGAUCUUGCGGUCCUCGAGCAUUUUAUGGCACUGCGGAUAUCCACGUCUAUUUGGAGGAAAAAUUGGCCUCGUUUUUAGGCGCCGAACAAGCCGUGUUAUAUUCUUAUGGAUUCUCCACCAUCGCGAGUGCCAUUCCGGCUUAUGCCAAGAAAGGAGAUAUUAUCUUCGUGGAUGAGUGCGUUAAUUUUGCCAUCCAAAAAGGUCUGGAUGCAUCCCGAAGCAAGAUCAAGUACUUCAGACACAACGAUGUGGAUCACUUGAGACAGUUGCUGGAGCAACAAGCAAAUGAAGACAAAAAGCAUCCCAAACAAGCCAAAGUGAGUCGCCGGUUCCUGAUUGUGGAAGGGAUUUACAUGAAUACCGGCACUCUGUGCAAUAUUGAGCCGAUGUUGGCUUUGAAACGCCAAUACAAGUUGCGACUCUUCAUUGACGAAUCAGUGUCCUUUGGGACCAUUGGCGAGCAUGGACGAGGGAUCACGGAGUACAAGAAUAUUUCAAUGGACGAUAUCGAUCUCAUCAUGGCCACAUUAGAAUAUGCGAUUGGGUCGAUUGGAGGAUUUUGUGUGGGCACCACUUACGUCGUGGAACAUCAAACCCUGGCUGGGUUAGGGUACUGUUUUUCGGCUUCAUUGCCACCCAUGUUGGCAGCUGGGGCCUUCAAGGCCAUUGAGCUCAUGGAACAGGAUCUUGGGAUGUUCCAACAACUCCGUGAGAAGGCUGAGGAGAUGCACAAUGGAUUCGAGGAUCUCCUUGGGUUGAAAUUGGUAGGAGAGCGAUUCUCACCCGUCAAACAUUUAAGACUCGAGAGCUCACGUGGAAAUCGGGAAGAGGACAAAGCUGUGAUGGCUUCCAUUAUUACUAAGGCCAGAGAGGAGGGCAUCGCUUUGGUGAUGGCCAGCUACUUGGAAGAUGCGGAAGCUCAUUUGCCUCCAGUGAGCAUCCGUUUGACUUGCUCGACUCUUCUCUCGCUCGAAGAUAUAAGGAGAGCCUCGAAAAUUGUUCACGAGAUAUGCGACAACCUAUUCUCGCCCUUGGAAACAGCUAAAGAUGGAGUGGAACAACAAGUGGACCAAAUCCAGCCCUCGGAAAGUACUUCUCAAUUCGCUGAAUUCUAAACCAGCCCGCAUAAGAGUACUCGGGAGUAAGGUUCCACGGAAAGCAGAGGCAUUUAUCAACAAAAUUACACCUGGAAAACGUUCAUUUUGAUUAAAAUUCUUUCGUGCGGUGUCAUACGUGAAAAUAACGAGUGUUUUAUUUUUUUCCAUGAA